AGGGGCUUCACCGACAGAGCUGCCAAGGGAUUUUCAAUAGAAAUAAUCAAACCUUCAUCUCUCAAAAUUGGGACCAAAUUUAAAUUUUGCAACAAAGGAGGUCAUCUGAAAGAACUAUGGGAACCAGAAGGACACUCAUUCUGCAGAAAAGGCAAGUCUUGGUUUUCUUUGUUUUGCUGGGAUUGUCUCAGGCGAGUACUGAAUCUUUGCACUAUUCUGUAGCGGAGGAAACGGAAAUUGGCUCUUUUGUGGCUAAUCUGGCAAGGGAUCUGGGGCUGGGGGUUGCAGAGCUGUCCUCCAGGGAGGCCCGGGUAGUGUCAGAUGAUAAUAAAAAGCAUUUACACCUUAAUUUGAUGACGGGAGAUCUGCUCCUGAGUGAGAGACUGGACCGGGAAGAGCUGUGUGGCUCCACCCAGCCCUGUGUGCUGCCUUUUCAGGUGGUUCUGGAAAACCCUUUACAGUUUUAUCGAGCUGAGCUGCAUGUCAGAGAUAUAAAUGAUCACUCCCCUAUGUUCCUGGACAAGGAAAUAACUAUUAAAAUACCAGAAAGUGCAACUAUUGGAGCCACAUUCUUAAUUGAGAAUGCACAAGAUCUGGACAUAGGAAGCAAUGGUCUCCAGGACUACAGCAUUAGCCCCAAUUCUCACUUCUAUAUUAAAAUUCAUGACAGUGGCAAUGGAAAGAUAUAUCCGGAGCUGGUUCUAGACAGAGCUCUAGAUCGUGAGGAAGAAUCUGAGCUUAGAUUGACACUUACAGCACUGGAUGGUGGGUCUCCUCCCAGGUCUGGGACAACAUCCAUUCUCAUAAAGGUCUUGGACAUCAAUGAUAAUGCCCCUGAGUUUGCUCAGAGUUUCUAUGAGGUGCAGGUCCCAGAGGACACUCCCAUUGGUUCCAGUAUUAUUGCUAUCUCUGCUAAGGAUUUAGAUAUAGGAAAUUCUGGGAAAAUAUCGUAUUCAUUUUUGCACGCAUCAGAAGGUAUUAGAAAAACCUUUGAAAUCAACCCAACAUCUGGGGAAGUCAACUUGAGAUCAUUACUGGAUUUUGAAGUAAUACAAUCCUAUUCUGUAAAUAUCCAAGCAACAGAUGGUGGCGGUCUUUCAGCAAAAUGCACUCUUCUAGUUAAAGUAUUGGAUAUAAAUGACAAUGCACCAGAAGUGAUCAUAUCAUCAAUUACAAAGACAAUUCCAGAGAAUGCUUCAGAGGCCCUGGUCGCUCUUUUCAGUGUCCGAGAUCAAGACUCUGGGGACAACGGAAAGAUCCUUUGCUCUAUUCAGGACGACCUUCCGUUUAUCCUAAAACCCACCUUCAAGAACUUUUUCACCCUACUUUCUGAAAAAGCACUGGAUAGAGAGAGCAGAGGUGAGUACAACAUCACCAUCACAGUCACCGACAUGGGCACACCCAGGCUCACAACCCAGCACACCAUAACAGUGCAGGUCUCAGAUGUCAACGACAACGCCCCCACCUUUACCCAAACCUCCUAUACCCUGUUUGUCCAGGAGAACAACAGCCCCGCCCUGCACAUAGGCACCAUCAGCGCCACAGACUCAGACUCAGGCUCCAAUGCCGACAUCACCUACUCGCUCCUGCCCACCCACGACCCGCAGCUGGGCCUGGCCUCUCUCAUCUCCAUCAACGCCGAAAACGGGCAGCUGUUCGCACUCAGGGCCCUGGACUACGAAGCCCAGCAGGCCUUCGAGUUCCACGUGGGAGCCACAGACCAAGGCUCUCCUGCGCUCAGCAGCCAGGCGCUGGUGCGUGUGCUGGUGCUGGACGCCAACGACAAUGCGCCCUUCGUCCUCUACCCGCUGCAGAACGCCUCUGCACCCUGCACAGAGCUGCUGCCCAGGGCGGCAGAGCCAGGCUACCUGGUCACCAAGGUGGUGGCAGUGGACCGCGACUCUGGACAGAAUGCCUGGCUGUCCUUCCAGCUGCUCAAGGCCACAGAGCCCGGGCUGUUCAGCGUGUGGGCUCACAAUGGCGAGGUGCGCACCUCCAGGCUGCUGAGUGAGCGUGAUGCUCCCAAGCACAGGCUGCUGCUGCUGGUCAAGGACAAUGGAGAUCCUCCAAGGUCUGCCAGUGUCACUCUGCAUGUGCUGCUGGUGGAUGGCUUCUCUCAGCCCUACCUGCCUCUGCCAGAGGUGGCGCGCGACCCCGCGCAGGACGAGGACGUGCUCACACUGUACCUGGUCAUUGCCUUGGCUUCUGUGUCUUCCAUCUUCCUCUUGUCUGUGCUGCUGUUUGUGGGGGUGAGGCUGUGCAGGAGGGCCAGGGCGGCCUCUCUGGGUGGCUGCUCUGUGCCUGAGGGACAUUUUCCUGGUCACCUGGUGGAUAUCAGUGGGGCGGGAACCCUGUCCCAGAGCUACCAGUAUGAGGUGUGUCUGACAGGAGGUACUGGCACAAAUGAGUUCAAAUUCCUGAAGCCGGUCAUGCCCAGUCUUCAACUCCACGACGCUGGUUCUAAUAUGCAGGAAAAGGAGAACUUUCGCAAUAGUCUUGGAUUUAAUAUUCAAUAAAAAAAUCUCCUGUGAACUCUUAAUAUUUUCCUUCUACUGAUAAAUUGCAGAUGCUUUUUUUUCUUGAUGUGCAAUGGAUUUUAGGUUUUACUGAUGUUGCAUGCGUUUUCAUUUCACAGAUUUUUCUCACAGUUGCUACGGGGCUCUAGUGAUGUGAAGAAACAAUCUGCACCGUUUGUUUCGUUUAUUUUGAAGUUUUAUGUUAAUGGUUCUGCUGUUUGUUAUGCAAGACACAGAAAUGGAAAUACUAACUAAAGUAUUUAGAGUAAAUGUGUUGAGCUGGUGGUUACUGUACCUGGCAGAGUCCACAAGCAGGCAGCUCUGGGUGGAUGAUCUCCAACAAAAGAAAGGGAGGGAGGAAGGGGAGGAGGGAACUAAAAGGGGCAAAUGUCACCAUAUACGGGAGUUGUUCCAACACACUAUUAAA